AUGAGAAUGCUUGAAGUGGAAGCGAAGAAUGCUCUGAAUCAUGGAUCUCGGCUUGGAGGGAUGCGGCGAAGCUGUAUCGAAGGUCGGAGUUCGAUCGUUGCAGAAAGGUACAACGCAUUGUUACGCACACAUGUUGAUCAUAUGGAGCGUACCAAAUACCUAAUGGGAAACGAUAAGUUCGAAUUAAUGCAGAAUAUGCCGCUUCCACAAGCCCAACUUCGUACCAGAAUGGGUAUGGCUGCCUCGGUCGAUGCGUCGAGUAUUCGAGGUGUAUCCGACCUUAUUAGUGCCCAUAUGUCUCAGAGUACGACGAUGGAUGUCAAUCUCGCAAACCACAUUAGUAACGAAGCAGAUUGGCAAGAUGAGUUCUCGUCUGAUGUCGAACCAUCUCCACGAGACAUGACAUCAGAAGAGGAGAAAGCAGCACCGAGCUCAGCUUCUGAAAGCACAGCAAGAAAUACCAAGGGGAGCGAACGCGAAGAAGAGUACGGUUUACUACUUAUUGUGCUGUGA